UGGGAUAUUUCCUCAGCAAGAUGGCGGUGGUUGCCGGGCUUGGCGACAGCUGGAGGUUCGGUUAGCGAGCCCGCCUCGGGGAAAAGCCCUGCACACAUCCGGUCGGGGUGUUUGCCUGUUGCUGUCUUGGAUUAAAACCGCUUGGUAAAGCGUAAGAUUGCCGAGCUUCGUUGCCCCCUCCCCACGAUUCCACUCCCUUCACUUUCUCCUUCUCCCUAAUAAAAUGGCAACCAUGGAGAAACUGAUGAAGGCCUUCGAGUCACUGAAGUCAUUCCAGCAGGGACCGUCCAGCGAGGAGCCGGGACAGAAACAGAAGAAAGAAUCUGCCACAACCAAAAAAGACCGUGUGACUCACUGCCUGACCAUAUGUGAAAACAUUGUUGCCCAGUCUCUUAGGAACUCACCAGAAUUUCAGAAGUUGUUGGGAAUUGCAAUGGAAAUGUUUUUGCUGUGUUGUGAUGAUGCAGAGUCUGAUGUCCGGAUGGUGGCAGAUGAAUGUUUAAAUAAAAUUAUUAAGGCCUUGACUGACUCAAACCUACCACGGUUACAACUGGAAUUAUAUAAAGAAAUUAAAAAGAAUGGCUCAUCGAGAAGCUUGCGGGCUGCACUUUGGAGAUUUGCUGAGCUGGCUCAUCUUGUUCGUCCACAGAAGUGUAGGCCCUAUCUGGUGAAUCUGCUUCCCUGCCUGGCUCGGAUCAGCAAGCGAUCAGAGGAAUCUGUGCAGGAGACACUGGCUGGUGCCGUUCCAAAGAUCAUGGCAGCUUUGGGCAACUUUGCCAAUGACGGUGAAAUUAAGAUGCUUUUGAAGACCUUUAUUGGGAACCUUAAAUCAAGUUCUCCAACCAUACGUAGAACCGCAGCCAGCUCUGCUGUUAGCAUCUGUCAACAUUCAAGAAAAACCCAAUACUUCUACACCUGGCUAUUGAAUGUAAUAUUGGGCUUCUUGGUUCCUGUGGAAGAAGAUCGACCUACUCCACUUAUUCUUGGGGUAAUGCUCACUCUACGUUACCUGAUGCCGUUACUGAGGCAACAAGUGAAGGACACCAGCCUGCGGGGCAGUUUUGGUGUGACGAGGAAGGAGGCUGAAAUCUCCCCUUCCUUGGAGCAGCUUGUACAGGCAUAUGAGUUGACACUACAUUACACCCAGCACAGGGACCAUAAUGUGGUAACAGCAGCCUUGGAGAUGCUGCAGCAACUGUUCCGUACUCCUCCUCCCGAGCUGCUCCGGGCCCUGACAACUGCUGGCAGCAUAACCAGAGUUAGCAUUGCGCGAGAUGACACCUCAAACCGGGUUCGCAGCAGGAGUAUUGUGGAACUAAUAGGCAAGGUGGUUUCGGGAGAGGAGGAUGGACUUGAAGAUGACGCAGAGACCCGGUCAGAGGUCAGCACCACCACUUUUCCAGGUUCAAUGAAUAGCGAAGGGGCAAGUGAGGUGCCGUCAUCUUCUGGUGUCUCUACCUUGGGGUCAGCAAGCCCCGUGGCUGAUUCUGCAGGGCACGAUAUCAUCACCGAGCAGCCACGUUCUCAGCACACGCUGCAGUCUGCGGAGUCUGCCGAUCUCAACAGCUCAGCAGCGUCGGACCUGACUGGCCUGACAGUGGAGGGCGUAGUUGAUGAAGAGCUGAGCCGCAGUUCUAGCCAGGUCAGCACCAUCCAUUCCGAUACCAACGCUGACCUGAACGACCGGACCAACCAGACCACUUCUCCGCUCAGCGAGAGCUCGCAGACCACCGAGGGGCCAGAUUCGGCCGUGACCCCGUCGGACAGUUCGGAGCUUGUAAGUGUGCAGCAUUCUGAAGGGGUAUCCCAGUCCUCCACCGAGGGUCCCGACAUCUCUCUCAGCUCCCACCUAGACGUCCCAGACUCGGAAGCUAUCACUUUCUCUUCAGCUAGUAGCAGUGAAAAGGUACUCGAUGGAGCAGAGAGCCAGUAUUCAGCAAUGCAGAUUGGCCAGCUUCAAGAUGAGGAGGAGGAAACCUUAAACACAACAGGAGAAGUAACAAUGGAUGGUUUCAGCACUUCCACUCUGGCAAUAAACAAAUCUCAUUUGUUAAGUCACAUGGGCCACAGUCGGCAGUCUUCUGACAGCAGUGUUGAUCGUUUUGUGUCGAAGGAUGACUGCAUUGAGUCAGCAGAUCUUGAAGCUAAGCCAUGCCGGAUAAAGGGAGACAUCGGCCAUUAUACUGAUGAAAAUGCAGCACCUUUAGUCCAUUGUGUUCGUCUUCUUAGUGCAUCUUUCCUUUUAACCGGUCAGAAGAAUGGUCUUAUCCCUGACAGAGAAGUCCGGGUGAGUGUCAAAGCAUUGGCCGUUAGUUGCGUUGGAGCAGCCAUUGGACUUCAUCCUGAAGCUUUCUUCAAUAAACUAUACAGGACUUCGCUUGAAGUUCUAGAGGUUCAAGAAGAACAGUGCAUAUCAGACAUUUUGAAAUAUGUCAGCCAUGGAGAUCCACAAAUAAGAGGUGCCACAGCACUCCUCUGUUCAACAUUCAUUCACUCUGUUCUGAUUAAGACUCGAUUUAAUCCAGAAAGUUGGCUUGCUGUGGUGCGAGGCACAACAGGGUAUGGCAUCAGUUUGGAGGAUUGUGUUCCUUUACUCCAGAAGACCCUGAAGGAUAAAUCAUCUGUGACUUGCAAAAUGGCUUGUGCUGCAGUAAGGCAAUGCAUCACAAGCCUGUGUAACAGCAGCUACAGUGAGCUGGGAUUACAACUCAUCAUUGAUCUCCUGAACUUGAAAAAUAAUUCUUACUGGUUGGUGAGGACUGAGCUGUUAGAAACUCUGGCUGAGAUGGAUUUCAGGUUAGUAAGCUUCUUGGAAAGAAAAACAGUAGAACUUCACAGGGGUCAACAUCACUACACUGGGAUGCUGAAACUUCAGGAGCGAGCCAUCAAUGAUGUCAUCAUUAAUCUACUUGGAGACGAAGAUCCACGGGUACGGCACGUGGCAGCUACAACCCUCGUUAGGCUUAUUCCUCGGUUGUUUUUUGACUGUGAUCAGGGGCAGUCGGAUCCAGUCGUAGCUGUAGCCAGAGACCAGAGCAGUGCCUACCUGCAGCUGCUUAUGCAUGAGACCCAGUCAUCCACUCACUUUGCAGUGAGUGCUAUCACUAGAACGUACAGAGGAUUCAACAUUUCACAGAGCACCACGGACGUGACAAUAGAGAAUAAUCUCUCCCGUGUUAUCACUGCAGUAUCUCAUGCAUUAACUUCAUCCACUUCUCGAGCCCUUAUUCUUGGUUGCUGUGAGGUGUUGUGUUUGCUUUCCUUGAACUACCCUGUGUGUAAUUGGAGCAUUGGCUGGCACUGUGGCUACACGACGAGCAGUUCUCAAGCAUCCAGAGUCUACCUCUACAAGAACAGGGGCCGAUCAUUCAGUUUGUCCCAGAGCAGUCCAACUGAUGACUCCCGCAAAAGCUGUACUGUGGGGAUGGUCAAUAUGAUCCUGUCUCUAGUCUCUUCAGCGUGGUUUCCUUUGGAUCUUUCUUCUCAUCAAGAUGCCUUAAUAUUGUCUGGAAAUUUGUUGGCUGCCAUUGCUCCUAAAUCUUUAAAGAAUCCCUGGGCCAAUGAAGAUGAUUCCAGUGCACCCACCAAGGUUGAAGAGCCUUGGCCAGCCUUGGCUGACAGGACAUUGGUAGGGAUGGUAGAGCAGCUCUUUUUCCAUCUGAUGAAGGUCAUCAAUAUCUGUGCACAUGUCAUUGAUGAUGUUGCGCCUGGCCCGGUAUUAAAGGCAACUCUGCCAUCACUUUCGACCACGCCAUCACUCAGCCCUAUCAGGCGCAAGGCAAAGGAGAGGGAGUCAUUAGAACAGGCAGCUACACCCAUGAGCCCCAAGAAAAACACCGAAUCUAGUCCAGCGGCCAGGCCUGCAGAUGCUGUGGGUACAGCACCAGCCAGCAAGUCCACCUCGCUGGGCAGCUUUUACCACCUGCCUCCAUAUCUGAAGUUGCACGAUGUUCUGAAGGCUACGUAUGCAAACUACAAGGUUACUCUGGACCUUCAGAACAAUAACGAGAAGUUUGGCAGCUUCUUACGGGCAGCUUUGGAUGUUCUGUCUCAGCUUCUCGAGAUUGCAACACUUCCAGACAUUGGGAAGUGUGUCGAAGAAAUCCUUGGCUAUCUGAAGUCAUGUUUCUGCAGGGAACCCAUGGCAGCCACUGUCUGUGUCCAGCAGCUACUGAAGACACUGUUUGGAACAAACCUUGCAUCGCAAUAUGACAGCUGCUCCUCUCACCCCAGCAAGUCGCAAGGAAAGGUGCAGCGCCUGGGCUCGUCUAGUCUAAGGCCGGGGCUUUACCACUAUUGCUUCAUGGCACCUUACACCCACUUCACACAGGCACUGGCUGACGCCAGCCUGAGGAACAUGGUCCAAGCAGAACCAGAACAGGACACGUCCGGUUGGUUUGAUGUGCUGCAGAAGGUUUCAUCACAGGUGAAGGUUGGCGUGACGAAUGUGACAAGGCAUCGAGCUGAUAAGAAUACGAUACACAACUACAUCCGUCUCUUUGAGCCUCUCGUCAUCAAGGCUUUGAAGCAGUAUACCACAACCACAUCAGUUCACCUGCAAAGACAAGUGCUUGAUUUGUUGGCUCAGCUGGUACAACUCAGGGUGAACUACUGCCUGCUGGACUCGGAUCAGGUAUUCAUCGGGUUUGUUCUAAAGCAGUUUGAAUACAUAGAAGUGGGCCAGUUCAGAGAAUCAGAGGCCAUCAUUCCAAACAUAUUUUUCUUCUUGGUGUUGCUAUCAUACGAGCGUUAUCACUCCAAGCCGAUCAUCGGAAUUCCCAAAAUUAUCCAGCUGUGUGAUGGGAUCAUGGCCAGCGGUCGGAAAGCUGUUACACAUGCAAUCCCGGCACUCCAGCCUAUAGUACAUGAUCUGUUUGUUCUGCGAGGGACCAACAAAGCAGACGCUGGCAAGGAGCUGGAAACACAGAAGGAGGUGGUGGUUUCUAUGUUGCUGAGGCUCAUCCAGUACCACCAGGUGUUGGAGAUGUUGAUUCUGGUCCUUCAGCAAUGUCACAAAGAGAAUGAAGAUAAGUGGAAGCGCCUUUCUCGUCAGAUUGCAGACAUGAUUCUGCCGUUGUUGGUUAAACAGCAGAUGCACCUUGAUUCACACGAGGCCUUGGGAGUACUGAACACCCUGUUUGAGACGGUCGCACCCUCCUCUUUGCGACCCGUUGACAUGCUGCUCAAGAGUAUGUUCGCUAUGCCUCUUACGCUGGUAUCGGUCGGAACUGUUCAGCUUUGGAUAUCCGGCAUCCUUGCUAUCUUGCGGGUACUUAUUUCUCAGUCCACUGAGGAUAUUGUCCUGUCACGGGUUCAAGAACUAUCCUUGUCCCCAUAUUUGAUUUCCUGCCAGAACAUCAGUAGGUUGAGGGAUCCAGGGAAUCAAACAGUGCCAUCAGUGGAGCAGGACGAAGAGACGCAGAACAAACAUCUGCCUGAAGAAACUUUUGCAAGGUUCCUGCUGCAGCUGGUGGGCAUCCUCCUUGAGGAUAUUGUGAACAAGCAGCUGAGGGUGGAUAUGAGUGAACAGCAGCAUUCCUUCUACUGCCAGCAGGUUGGCACACUGCUGAUGUGCUUAAUCCACAUCUUCAAAUCAGGAAUGUUUAGAAGGAUCACUGCUGCUGCCACGAAGUUGAUUAUGGGGAAUGGCUGUGAUGGGAGCUUCUACACACUGGAGACCUUGAACAACUUGGUUCAGACCAUCAUCCCCACUCAUCCAUCUCUUGUGUUACUUUGGUGCCAGAUUUUGCUGCUCGUUAACUACACAAACUACAGCUGGUGGUCAGAGGUGCAUCAGACACCAAAGAGACACAGCUUGUCGAGUACGAAGCUGCUGAGCCCUCAGAUAUCUGAAAAUGGAGAUUCCAAAUCUGUUUCUAAAUUGGGCAUGUGCAAUAGGGAAAUCGUUCGAAGAGGAGCUCUCAUUCUUUUCUGCGAUUAUGUGUGUCAAAAUCUCCACGACUCAGAGCACUUGACUUGGCUGAUUGUCAAUCAUGUUCAAGAUCUCAUCAAUCUUUCUCAUGAGCCACCAGUGCAAGACUUCAUCAGUGCUAUUCAUCGUAAUUCUGCUGCCAGUGGGCUUUUCAUUCAAGCUAUCCAGUCUCGGUGUGACAACCUUGCGACACCAACUAUGUUAAAGAAGACUUUGCAGUGCUUGGAGGGAAUCCAUCUCAGCCAGUCAGGUGCAGUCUUGAUACUGUACAUCGACAAGCUCAUCAGUACUCCUUUCCGAGUGUUGGCACGAAUGGUGGACACGCUGGCUUGCCGUCGAGUUGAGAUGCUUUUGGCUGAAAGCUUACAGAAUAGUGUUGCCCAAGUGCCACUUGAAGAGUUGGAAAGGAUUCAGCGAUACCUCCAGACCACUUGUCUCGCACAAAGACACCAAAGAUUGUACUCCCUGCUGGACAGAUUCCGGGCAACCAUUGCAGCAGACACAGUUAGUCCGUCUCCAAACUUGACCUCUCACCCGCUGGACGGGGACAGGCUGUCUACCAUAGAUUCCAUCGUUGUGGACAAAGACUGGUACGUGUCACUUACCAAAUUCCAAUGCUGCAAUCACACAAACACUGCUCUGAUGGAAUGCACUGAAUUACUGGAUAAACUUCCUGAAGAUGACCUCCACUCUGUCAUGACAACCAAGGAUUUCAACUUGAACCUUCUAGCACCUUGUUUGGCCUUGGGUUUGCAAGGAAUCUGUGCAGACCAGGCAAGUGUGCUGUUCGCAACUGCUCGGAGAGUUACCCUGGAUCGAGUGACAUUCCAUGUUCAGCAUCUUCCCAGCAACCAUCAAGUGUUCCAUAGCCACUCUCCUUUGCCCAGUUCUUCCUAUUGGAAUAAGAUUGAUGAGCUUUAUGGAGACAUGCUGUUCUAUCAUUCUGUCAUCAGCCUGUGCAGUGCAUUGGCCCAGUACCUUCUGUCUCUUCCGAAGUUGCCCCCAUCUCUUCAUAUUCCUGCUGACAAGGAGGCUGACGUUAUUAGUUUCAUGGUCUUGUCUUUAGAGGCGCUGUGUUGGCACUUGCUGCACGAUCAGGUCCCUCUAAGUCUGGAUCUACAAGCUGCUCUUGAUUGUUGCUGUUCAGUGUUACAACAGCCCACCAUCUGGAACCUGCUGGCAUCUGCUGCCUACGUAACGCAAGCCUGCUCCAUUAUCAAUUGCAUACGGUUCAUCAUUGAAGCAAUGGCUGUUGAACCAGGAGAACAUCAUCUUCUUCAUGAGGAGAGGAGGAAAUCAAGCAUUGACAGGGCUCCUGUGGAAGAUGAAGAGAGCGCAAAUGUGUCUGAGAGGUCCAAGUGCAUUACAAAGGCCUGCAAUGUGAUGACUGAGAUGGUGGAGUCUCUCCAGACAGUGUUAUGCUUUGGACAUGCCAGCAACAACCGAAUCCCAGCAUUUCUGAACCCAGCAAUCCGGAACAUCGGUAUUAGUCUAGCCAGAUUGCCUCUAGUCAAUAGUUACACACGUGCCCCUCCAUUGGUUUGGAAAUUGGGAUGGUCACCUCAAGUUGGUGGUGAAUUUGGAACAACCCUUCCAGAAAUUCCAGUUGAGUUUCUUCAAGAGAAAGAAGUCUUCAAAGAGUUCAUCUACAGAAUAAAUGUACUUGGCUGGACCAGCCGCACUCAGUUUGAAGAAACCUGGGCGACCCUUCUUGGUGUGCUGGUGACUCAGCCUCUAGUGAUAGACCAAGAGGAAGAGGUCCCACAAGAGGAGGAUACAGAGAGGACUCAGAUUAACAUCCUUGCAGUGCAAGCAAUAACGUCUCUGGUACUAAGUGCGAUGUCGAUUCCAGUGGCAGGGAAUCCAGCCACCAGCUGUCUGGAGCAUCAGCCUCGUAAUAAAGCUCUAAAGGCUCUGGACACUAGGUUCGGAAGAAAGCUAAGUGCCAUUCGGGGAAUAGUGGAGCGAGAAAUCCAAGCAAUGGUAUCAAAAAGAGACAACAUAGUUUCACAGUACCCUUAUCAAGCCUGGGACCCCGUUCCACCUCUCUCCCAUUCAACAUCAGGAGUCCUGAUAAGCCAUGAGAAGCUUCUGCUGCAGAUAAACACCGAACGGGAAAUGGGGAAUAUGGAUUACAAACUGGGGCAGGUCUCCAUUCAUUCAGUUUGGUUGGGGAACAACAUCACUCCUUUGCGGGAAGAGGAAUGGGAUGAAGAUGAAGAAGAUGAGAGUGAUGUACCUAUUGUAUCCUCACCUCCCACUUCACCAGUUAAUUCUAGGAAGCAUCGAGCUGGCGUCGAUAUUCAUUCCUGUUCCCAAUUUCUUUUGGAACUCUACAGUCAGUGGAUCCUUCCAGUUAACUCUGGCAAGAAAACCCCUGUUGUUCUUGUCAGCGAGGUGGUGAGAUCACUUCUGGCAGUCUCGGAUUUGUUUACGGAGCGGACGCAAUUUGAGAUGAUGUACAGCACUUUGACAGAGCUUCAGAAGAUCCAUCCAGCAGAAGAUGAGAUUCUAAACCAGUAUCUGGUCCCUGCCAUCUGCAAAGCAGCAGCUGUUCUUGGCAUGGAUAAAGCCAUUGCAGAGCCAGUGAGCCGGUUGUUGGAAACCACAAUGCGCAGUACCCAUAUGCCAUCUCGAAUUGGAGCACUGCAUGGAAUCCUGUACAUCCUGGAAUGUGAUCUGUUAGACGAAACAGCGAAGCAGCUCAUUCCAACCAUCUGUGAUUACCUGCUGUCCAACCUGCGUGGAAUAGCACAUUGUGUCAACAUCCACAAUCAACAGCAUGUUUUGGUGAUGUGUGCAACAGCUUUUUACCUGAUUGAAAACUACCUGCUUGAUGUGGGGCAUGAAUUUACCGCAGGCAUAAUACAGAUGUGUGGAGUCAUGGUCUCUGGCAGUGAGGAAUCCACCCCUUCCAUAAUCUACCACUGUGUCUUGCGUGGGAUGGAGCGACUUCUUCUCUCAGAACAGCUCUCAAGAUUGGAUGGAGAAGCACUGGUAAAACUCAGUGUGGAUAGACUGAACAUGCACAGUCCCCACAGGGCCAUGGCUGCCCUGGGCCUGAUGCUGACCUGCAUGUACACAGGUAAAGAGAAGAGCAGCCCUGGUCGAAGUUCAGACGCUGACCCCACAGCUCCUGAUAGCGAGUCUGUCAUUGUGGCGAUGGAGCGAGUUUCUGUUCUCUUUGAUAGAAUUCGGAGAGGUUUCCCUUGUGAGGCGCGGGUUGUGGCACGGAUUUUGCCACAAUUCCUUGAUGAUUUCUUUCCACCACAAGAUGUGAUGAAUAAGGUUAUUGGGGAAUUUAUUUCCAAUCAGCAGCCCUAUCCACAGUUCAUGGCCACAGUUGUUUACAAGGUGUUUCAGACCUUGCACAAUACUGGACAGUCUUCCAUGGUGAGGGACUGGGUAAUGUUGUCACUGUCGAACUUCACGCAGAGAACUCCAAUAGCGAUGGCCAUGUGGAGCCUGUCUUGUUUCUUUGUCAGUGCAUCAACCAGCGCAUGGAUCUCAGCUCUCCUUCCCCAUAUCAUCAGCCGAAUGGGUAAAUCUGAACAAGUGGAUGUCAACCUCUUCUGCUUACUGGCUAUGGACUUCUACAGGAAGCAGAUUGACGAGGAGCUGGAUCGCCGGGCCUUCCAGUCAGUGUUCGAAAUGGUGGCAACUCCUGGCACUCCAUAUCAUCAGCUCUUGUCCUGCCUGCGAAGCAUUCACCAGGUUGCCCAGUUCUGAUUUUCAGUGUCAGCAGACUUGGCACAUGGGGAGAACUCCUUAAACACAGUGGGACAGAUUGCCAGAAUUCAUUUGCAGCAGACUCAGUAUUCUUAAGUCACGUUCCCAGCAUGUUCCUUCCAAAUGAUCUGAAUCUUUCAGCUACUUGUUGUACUGUGGUUGUAUGUCUAAUUUAGUGCAUAUAAUCACAAAACAUUAAUCUUCUCAGGAUGUAAGAUGUGGUAAUAUAAGUAUAAUUUGUCUUUUAACCGAAGAUUUAUAUAUCAUGUAAAAUAUGUAUGAUUGUAAAACUCGUGAUGCAUGAAUUUACCCCAUAAUUUGCAAUGAACAAAACCACUAUGUUGAA